CGCGGACGCCGAUAGGCGGCGCGCCGCGGCCGGUCACGUGACAAAUCUCAAGCGCGUACAGCGAGGGAGGUUUCGCAGCUGGUCGCGGCGGUGCUGCUGGGAAUCGAAACUUAUCGGAGAGACCGGAGUGACUGAGACACGAAGACGCCUCGGUAUCCCUGCCGUAGCGCAUUAGCAUUAGCCCAACUUCACCGCUGCCGCGCGUCUCUUCCUGCUUUAAUCCACGAGCCAUGGCCGGCCUUUAAACUUUGCUUUGGUUCAGCGAACUUCACCAGGUCUGUUCUGCAGCAAGCAACCAUGGAGUCAGCCCGAGAGAAACGAAAGGAAGAGAUAAGCAAGGCUCUGGCUUUUAUACAGUCUCCCUUCGCCUAUCCAGAUCCUGCAGGAUACCAGGACUUUUUGACCCGCUUGGUGUGCAACCUGCUCGAAGAGGGCAAUGCCUUCUUUCGAGACCAGCAGUGGCAGGAGGCUGUCGGGCAGUUCAGCGAGGCCCUGAACGUCUCGCACUACGCAGAAACGGAGGAGAUCCAGAUCCCUCAGGCGCUGCUGGAGAGCCUGUACGUCAACCGAGCCGCUGCCUACCACAGCAUGGGAAAGUAUAAAGAAGGGGUCGAGGACUCCAACAGCGCUCUGGAUGCGUGUGAGGGCAGCCGCAGGGCUCUGUACAGGAAGGCUCUGUGCCUGAAGGAGCUCGGCAAAUACAAGGAGGCGUACGACUGCACCACCGUCUGCUUGCUCAGUAAUCCUCAGGAUAAACAGGUGAAUGAGCUGGCGCAGGCGCUGGCCAUCCAGUUGGGGAUGAAAGUCCGGAAACCCUACGUGAGCUCCAAGGCCAUUCAUAAUAAUGUCGUUCAAAAUGGUGUGAAUCCUCCGAGUGUCGAUGGAGCAGGUGACUUCCACAGCGUUUCUAAAUCCUCCAUCCCCUCCACGCCUCCCGGCUCCAGUUGCCCCGCGGCGUCUGCGGUCCCUCGCCGGGUGGGAGCGGUGGAGGACUCAGAGGUGAUGGGAGAUGACCUGGACAGUCUGCUUGACAGCUUUCCUACUGGGCAAGUGCCAUCUGAGGUUCUGGUGUUCUCAGACCCCCCUCCCCCUCCCGUCCUUCCCGCCCCAACACCCCAGCUACCGCCGGCCUUUUUCAGCUCUUCCGUCAGCCAGCUCAACUGCUUGGACUCCUUUACGAACGGCGACCACGGCUCAGCUGCUGCAGCUCUGGAUAUCCUCGAUGACCUCCACUCCCCUGGAAACGAGGGCGGCGCAGACGCCUCAAACGUUUUGCAGCCCACCACAACACUGGAAAACCUGGAUGCUCUCGAUUCUCUUGACGUCCUUGAUGACAUACUGGACUCGACACCGAAUGUUGAUGCUGCUAAGGAGCCUAAAGUUGAGCUGAAGGAGGGCGGAAAGACUGUAGCUAAAGUGCUGAAUGAAGUGGACACCCUCUCCCACAUAAACACUCAGAACGGUGACGCCGUGAAGCAGCUGGACUCUCUGGAUGCCUUGGACUCCUUCCCCAGCGUGGAAGAUGUGGCGGCGGCUUUCCCAGGAGUUUCAGUUGGAGGGAAAAGCCUCGAUUCACUCUCUGAUUUCAGCUCAAACGGUUUCUCAGAGUCUGACAGUGCUCCAGGUUCUGUAACGAGAUCGCCUUCAAAAACACCCUGCAAAGUGAAGGACAGCCAUGGUGGCACUACAGCUGUCUCUAACCCCCUGUCAUCCACCCAUGAGUUCCUGCAGGCUUGCUCCCUCUGUUUUCCUCGUGGAGGUCCAAGUGUGUACAGCUUUGUUCACAAGCCAGACCUCGUCCACAGCUGUAGGAAAAACAUUUUGUUAUGUAGACGGAAGGCUGGCUCUCCUUCAGAGUGGACGAGAGUGAGACCGCUUCCUACCUGGAUGUCGUUCUCUGGACCGUUUAUUCUUUGUAGAGAGCUGAUGAAGUCUGGGUCUCUGGGUGUGUGCAAGUAUGGAGAAAAAUGCACAUUUGCUUACAACCAGCUGGAGAUCGACGUUUGGACGGAGGAAAAGAAGGGGAGGCUGGACAGGAACGCCCUGUUUGGAGCGCCUUCUGUGAAACUGGACCCUGUGAACAGCAUCAUUGGUCUUCUGCAGGAGUACAAGGGCAUGUUCAUCUUCCUCUGUCAGGAGUGCUAUGAGGGUAAACCUAGAAUCAUCAGCAAGCGCUCAUGUGCUAAUCAAGCCGUCUGCUCCAACUUGGAGGGUUGUCACAACUUUGAUGCUAAUAAGUGCUUGGCCUUUGUGGUGAGGACCCACAACAUUAACUACAGCAAAGUGCGUCCUCUCAGCGUCAUGUGCAAGUUGGGUUUGUGCCGACAAGUCAUCCGAUACAGCUGCCCGUGGGAGGAAGACUGUGUGUUUGCCCACUCUGUCAUAGAGCUAAAUACCUGGAGGGUUCAGCGCGAUACAGGUAUCAGUCAGGAUGAGAUUGUGAAAGUGUCAAUGAGAUAUUAUGACAAGCAGGAGCAAAACUUCAGAAAGGAGAAAGAAAAGAGGCUGUCUUCUGGUGGAGGUGGAAGCAAAUUUAAAGGAACAAGCCUUAACAUGAAGAUGAAGUUUGCAUGCGCGCAGUGCUGGCGGGACGGCCUGAUCAGUGAACCGGACAAAGCCCUCAAAUACUGUACAGCUAAAGCCAGACACCCGUGGACCAAAGACAGACGACUGCUGCUGGUUAGGUCUUCAGAGCGGAGUAAAUGGGUUCAAGUUCGACCACUGCCACAAACCAGGAUCCCUCUGCAAUAUGAUAUGUGUGCACAGAUUCUGGAGAGGAGGAAAUGCAACUACACUGGAAACUGCACGUUUGCUCACAGCCAAGAGGAGAAGGACAUGUGGACGUACAUGAAAAAUAAUGACUUGUGGGACAUGCAGCAAGUAUACGACAUGUGGCUGGCUUUAGCCGCUCAAAACCGCCAAACAGACGGAGCCACGUUUAGUCAGCCUCACCCUGAGGAGAAAUGUAUCGCCAUGCCAACUGAUUAUGCUGAACCACUGAAUGGCUUCCACUGUCGCCUGUGUGGUAAACACAGUAACGGUGAGCGGCAGUGGCAGCAGCACAUUUCGUCUGAGAAGCACAAAGACCGAGUGUUCAGCUGCGAGGGAGAAGACGAGGCUCUGACGUGGAGCUAUCGCUUCCCCGGAAGGCGUUUUAAAAUCUGCCCCAAAAUCGACGUUGGCUGUCCAGAUGGCGUAAGCUGCGACUACGCUCAUGGUCCAGAGGAGCUGCAGGAGUGGAUCGAGAGACGGGAUUUUCUCCGACAAAAGCUAGCCAAAGCCAGGGAAGACAUGCUCAUAAUGCCUGACGAGCUCGACUUUGGGAAGUACAACUUUCUUCUUCAGAACUGAGGAUAAUGGGACUUUGUCACCCGGUUUUGGAACCGGCAACGAUCAGUUUGAUUGUUUCAUGCCUUGUUAAACUGAAACGGAACGAACGGUAAUCAGGAUUUCCAGAUAGCCAAAUAUACCAUUGAAUCCAUAGAAGUAUUUGCCUUACCAAACAUAAGUCAUUAUCAUAGAUUUAUCAUAGAUGGCCAAAGUGUCUAGAACCACAUUUAUUGCUCAUCUUUGUAUAAUGUUCACAUUGUUCAUUAAAAACGGCCUUUUGAAUGUAAUGCAUAAAUAUUGACCCCACUGUGAAAUGCAUUGCUGCCCUAAUGUAAUAGUCCAAGACUAUUUUUAAAAGGUUCAUAUUCAGUCAUGCUUGCUGAAUUUGGUAUGUUUGUUGUUUUUAUUUUGUCUGUGCUUCCUCCUCACUUAGCUUUUUUCAGUAGCAGUCGGUGCUUUUAUUUCACAGUUCAUCAAGACAAGCCGAAUGUUAGAAAGCUAAAAACUUCAGUAAAAUACUUGAAAUGA